AUGGCUAAUCCUGGUUUAAAAACAGAGGAGCCACCAGCCCAAAACACCCCUCUUCUUGAUUCUAAUAACAACAACAACCACCACCAAGGACUAGAAGAAGGAUACAAAGAUACCCAAUUGGACCAAACCCUUCAAUGGCUAGAAACCUUUCUCACUCUAUUGGGUUUCAGUCAAUCUUCUUUCUUAAGCCUUGCCAUGUCUUGGACUGCUCUUGUGCUCAUAGGUGUGUUGCUUCCAGUGCUUGCGGUUGAGCUCUUCAACUGCUCGGAUUGCGCGAAGUAUCAGAUAAAAAGUUUCGAGCUCGUUAUCGUCGGCUCGCAGGCGUGUCUUGCCACGGUGUCUUUGCUCUGCCUCUCUCACAAUCUUCGAAAGUAUGGUCUUCGGAGGUUCCUCUUUGUCGACCGCUAUAGCGGCCAUAUGUUGCGAUUUCGAAACGAUUACAUUAAGCAGAUAAAGAAGUUUCCAGUAAUUUACUAUGCUCAGAAUUUCCCUGGAUACCAUAUCUUCACAGGGUUCUUUACGCUUGCUCGUUUGGUGGGCACUGCCAUGUUUUCUUCUGAAGACUCUUUGGUUCUGUCAUGGGCCUAUGUGAGUACAAUCACUCUAACCGCCAGCAUUUUGUUUCACCUGGUCUGCAAUUUGCAAGUUAUCCACUUUGAUGAUUACGCAAGGCUCUUGGAAAGGGAAUCUGAUGUGUUGAUCUUUAUGGAGGAGCAUAUUCGUCUGCGGAUACAGUGGAAAAUCACUUUAGUAAACGGCGGCGAUUUUGCAGUCUCUACAAUUGUUCAGGUUGUCGGCUUUAGUCUUUCUCUGCAUGCGGCGACCAGAAUUUCCCAUAGAGCCCAAGGCAUAGCAUCAGUUGCCAGUAGAUGGCAUGCAUUAGUAACAUGCAGUUCUAGUGAGACAUCUCAAAACAGAAAUUCAAACAGUGCUCUGAACUUGGAGGCUGCCAGCACAUUGAACUCACUGCAUAUUAGUUACUCUGAGAGUGAUCUGGAAUCAGUGGAUUAUGUUGCAAUGCCUACAAAUACACAGCUGGCUUCAUAUAUGUCCUCGUAUCACAGGAGACAAGCUUUUGUGAUGUAUUUGCAAACUAAUUAUGGGGGGAUCACAAUAUUUGGAUGGACAGUCGAUAGAGGCCUCCUCAACACCAUCUUUUUCAUCGAACUAUCUUUGAUCACCUUUGUGCUCGGAAAGACACUAGUUUUUUCGUCAACUUAA